AUGCCGGUCCGAAGGAUCCGUCGGAAGCAACCGUAUGGAGGAUCGAGUACGCACGUCUCUGAGCAAGCGUUGCGUUUCCAGUACCGGAUGCGAUCGCGAUUGACCAGUUGUCUCGGUCAAGGCAUCGCGUAUUUCUGGCUCCUCGUUUCGUCUUGGCUCCUGAACUCUCGUCUGAACUCGUUAGGACUCGCCGCACAACUCAGGCCCGCGCCUCCGCAGUCAACUCGCGCAACUUGCGCAACCCCCCUCCUCUAUGAAUACACUCGUUGCAACCCCGUCGGCACCAUCUGUCCGACGCCCGACGUGACCGAACCUCCCGACCGAGGAUCUGCCUCUGCCUACUGGUUGGAGACUCGUGCCUCGGCGCCCGGGUCGAGUGCUCUUGCAGCCGUGUUCGCCGGCACGUUAUCCGUCUCUGCACGCUGGUUCGCCGGUCGCCUCUCCUAUGCAGAUCAAACGCAAUAUAGGGGUGUGUGUCCUGAACCGUUGCUGCACGACUUUCCAGGCGACCAGGAGGCCAGGUAA